AUGCCAAGUCAAAAGUGUGCAUGGUUUUUGACCCAAAUACUCGGGCCUUAUGCAUCUGAGCUUCAAGUUAUACAUAAUCUAGGCAUCGGAAUUCCUUCCUCCAUAUUAGGGUUAGGUCUUCCAGGUUUUUUAAUAACCUUACAUCAAUCAAUUCUCUCUUUGACCUGUACAUGGAGAAUUCGAUACUAA